AAUCCGCGGAAAAGGCUCGACACACGUCAGGAGUCAAUCCCGAUCGAAUCACGGAUGAGGCUGAGUCAAGAGUGGGGCAGGAUUUCUGAAGUGGUGUGUCCCCCGCACAUCAGCAGCUAUCGUCAUCAAGUGGGUCACAAGCAGAAGAGUCAUUGAAACUGCACGCUGGCUACAUCACGGGCCGCGUACGCUAUUCAAGUCUAGUCAACGUCUUGGAUGCGCGUUCGACGACCGCCACGAUGAUCGGCCAUCAGCUGUCUCGGGAUGAUCAGAGCCAUCUGGCCUCGCUCGAUGCGGAAAUUCGAGCCGUCUCAGAGCAUCUACAGAGGCUCAAAGCGGAUCGAGAAGAUUUCAUCAAGUCCUGCACAUCAGCCUCCACGAGUGCUGCAGGCUUGUCAAACUUUGGAGAUGGAGCGCAUCUCAGCGUCACAGAUUACUCCAAUCACGGAGACUUUGUCUGGUCUGGGGAACUUUUACCCAGAGCUACCAGAACGUGGCCCUCCGUCAAGUCCUUUCGAUUCGACCAACAGGCUAUAUGCAAUGCCGCUCUCGACGGACGUGACACCGUCGUCGUCAUGCCAACAGGCGGCGGCAAAAGUCUUUGCUAUCAGUUACCCGCCAUUCUCGACCGCGGCAUGACACUUGUCAUCUCCCCUCUCAUAUCGCUCUCGUAUGAUCAAUGUCUGCAUCUUCGCGAAGCGGGUGUCUCAUGCGAGAUGAUGUCAAGCGCAGUCUCUCGUGAGGAAGCCUCCGAGAUCCUGCGUAGAACCAAAGGCGCUCCAAAGGUCGGCGACAGGCAGGAAGAUAUCAAAGUGCUCUUCGUCACGCCGGAACGCGUGGCAAAGAGCAAGACCCUCAUAUCCGCCUUGCAAGCUUCGUACGGCGCGAACCGUCUUUCGAGGAUUGUCGUAGAUGAGGCGCACUGUUGCUCCCAAAUGGGUCACGACUUCCGCCCUGACUACAAGCAGUUGUCCAAGCUUCGAAAGCUCUGGCCAACAGUGCCUAUCAUGGCUUUGAGUGCUACUCUGGGCCCGAAAGUGCUGGAGGAUGUACGACAAAUUUUGGGCUUGGGCCCAAUGACACCGUUCAAAAGUGCGAGACCAGGCGAGACUGUCUACUUCAGCGCGCCUCUACACCGAGCAAACUUGCACUACAGCGUCGUUGCCAAGGAUAGCUCAGCGCCUAGAGCUGCACAGCAGGUUGUUGAUUGGAUUCUCGAAAGGCACGAGGCCCACAGCGGGAUCGUCUACUGCCUGAGUCGAAAAGAUAGCGAGACAAUGUCGAAGAAUCUUUCAGAGCUCAGUGAAGGUCGAAUCAGAGCUUCGUGGUACCACGCCGAUCUGGACGAUGCCUCCAAGAUGCGGAUUCACGAGCGAUGGCGCAGUGGAAAAGUACACGUGGUGUGCGCAACCAUCGCGUUCGGCAUGGGCAUCGAUUUGGGAAGAGUGCGGUACGUGAUUCAUGCAAGUCCCAGUAAGUCGCUAGAUGGGUACUUGCAAGAGUCAGGGCGCGCCGGCAGGGAUGGCAAGGAUUCGGAUUGCGUGCUUUUCUAUCGCCCCCAAGAUACGCUUCGCAUAGCAGGCUUGGUGACUGGCGACCGCAACGGCAUUGAGAAGCUCGACAGCAUGGUAAAUUAUGCACAAAGCUACAAGUGCCGCAAGGUCCUGUUCGGAAAGUACUUUAGGGACUCCUACGGCACGUCCGAUCUCUGCGGUGUCUGUGAUAACUGUAUACAGCCUCCCGAGGUGGCGGACGUGACAGUUGAAAGCUGGCAGCUGUUGACUGCGCUGGAAGAAAUGUACGAAGAGGGAGGUCGCCUAACGCUGGCCGACCUUUGCAACGUUGCGCGCGGCCUGGGAAAUGGCCAAUACACAGUUGUGGAGCGCAAGACCGCUUCUGGAAAGCGCAAAAGAAGAGCAUCACAAAGUAAAGGGCGUAGUGGUGUCUUCAGUGUGGAAGACAUUGGUGGCAAGGUGUCUCUCAGCAAAGAGAACGCGGAGCGGGUGGCAAUGCACCUGUGCUCGAACUUUUGGAUGGCAUACGAGUACAAUGCGACAGCAUACUCCGUCAACGUCUAUGUGAAGCCCGGACCGCUGGCCUCACGAUUGACACGGCUCGAUCUCGAACGUGUUCGUGCGGGCGAAGCGGACGCUCGCAUCGAGGUUGCUUUGGCCGGCAAAAACUCACCUUCAAAGCCGCGGAAAGCAGGCGAAUCCGGCGCGCCAAGACACGAGAUCACGAAAGCAAUUCGCGGACGCUUCAAAUCCCAGAAGGAAGGAGGGGGCGCAGAGGAAGAAGUGGAGCGAGACGAGGAGGAGUGGGAGGAUGGUGUUGCCAUGUCCGAAGUGGCUGCUCCUCGCAAACGACGACAAAAUUCGAGGCUUGCUGCAGCUAAGCACGAGAGCGAGUCGGACACGCACGAUGCUGGAGAUGACGACGAUUGGGAAGUCUCACGAUCUGGACGCACUGAAAGUCGCUUUUCGAUGCUUGGCAUGUCGGGCAAAGCAAGCUCUCCGAUCGAGCUCGACUCGGACUAGAUCCAAUCGGACACACAGAGAAGUGCAUCCCUUUACAAUCAAAUUCAUCACCUGCCUUACCGUGGUGGAUUGCACCAGGGUAGAACGUUUGAUGUGCACCACGUGCCAAAUGCGCUUCGAGUAUCCCGCGAGAGAUGGAUGGGAUGACGAAUGCAUCAUUGCAGAGAGCCAACCAGUGACUUGUGUGAUGAGCUCGAUAUGUGA